AUGGAUCCCAAAGACAAACCAGACUUGGACCCCCUCGCCAAACUCCAUGACCAGUGGGCGUCCUUCUCACCGUCCAUGAUGGAUCCCACUCCCUAUACCUUCACGUCCUUUGCCAGCCAACAGCCGGCUUACUAUGCGCCCACUACCCUGCCGGCCGGCCUAGUCAACCCACCUCACCCUGCCGACUUGACCACGCCCAGCAUGGCCUUGAACAUGCUGACGCCCCUGGGUAUUCCCCCUUCCGCCGUGACUGACCCGACCAUGCCGCACUCUGCCAUGGAGAUGGGUGGCUACCACCCGGCCUUUGCGUCGCACCACCACCAGCCACCCAACCUCGAUGCAUUCGGCAAUCCGCACAGUUUCGCUCCUCCAAGCAGCUUUCUGCGUCGCGAGCCCACCAUGGCCGCCCUUUCGCAGCCCAUGGAGGAAGCUGCCUUCGGCAAUCUGGCCAUCAGAAGCCCGUCCAUGGGAGUGAUCCCUUCUCGCCUAACAGAAAACCUCAAUGACUUCGAGGACGAGAGUGAGACCUAUCAGGAGUCCUUUCGCUUCAAUGUCGCUCUCCGUGCAGCGACGGCGAUGAUCAAGGAUAACGAUGACAUUCCCGUUACCUAUCUGAACAAAGGCCAAGCGUACACUAUCAAUGUGCAAGACAUCGACCCGAUGGCCUCUGGCGCCCAGCCUAUUAAGUAUCGUACAUGUAUCCGUGUCUCGUUCGAUGAAGAGGGACAACGGUCCCGACCCGCCGCUUGCUGGAUGUUGUGGAAAGAAGGCCGUGGGUCGAAUGAGGCCCACCAACGUGAGGGCAGACUUCUGGCCGUUGAACAUGUGGAUCCUAACCAGGGCGGCGCUGGAGACCGGCAAUCGCGAGUGCAACUCGAAAAAGCGCAUUUUGAUGGCUUCUCCGUCAUCUGGAGUCCAAACAUGACCACCGGAACCCCAGAGACCAACAUCUCCGUUCGCUUUAAUUUCUUGUCGACGGAUUUUAGCCACUCUAAAGGUGUGAAGGGGAUUCCAGUUAGGCUAUGUGCUAAAACAGAAGUCCUUAUGACUAAUACCCCCGAACCGUCUCCGAGUAAUACCCAGGAGGUCUGCUAUUGCAAGGUGAAGCUGUUCAGAGAUCAUGGCGCAGAAAGGAAACUGUCCAAUGAUGUUGCCCACGUUAAAAAGAUGGUGGAAAAGGUCAGGCAACAGAUCGCGCAAGCCGAGCUGGGAAGUACGAACAUUGACAAGCGCAAACGCAGCUGUUCUGUCGUCAACACUAAAGGCGGACCGAAAUCGAUGAAAGGUAAAAACAAGCGUCCGUGGACUAUGUCCGGAAAUGAUAGCAAAUCCUCGAUAGAAGAAGACUUGCAGUUGAAAAUGGCGAACUUGGAUUCAAUGUUCACGUCCCCACAGCCCAUCAGUCUUCUGAACUUGCGGGGCGACGAGCAAGACGAUCCGGACCUUUUCCCCGUCGCACUGGACCCUACCAACGACGAAGACUGCCCCGGCCGAGUGAACUUCGACUCCACCCACUCCAAUGACGGUGAGUCGACUUCGAAUGCGUUUUCCCCAUUCACCAACAAUCACUCUCCGAGCUCCUCGCAUCGCUCUUUCGACAUCAAGCGACAAAGCGUGCCCAAUGACUCUCGCUACUCACGGCGUGGCUCCCUGGACUGGUCGAAUACUUCGCAACGUGGCGGGGAUAGUAUCAGGCAUGGCCAAUUUAUUAACCAUCCAGUCAAGGUUCAGCUUCCGAACGGCGUCGGCGGGGAAUCGGAUUGGAUCGAAGCAAUGGGAGUGGAUCAUACAUAUAAGCCUCCGAAUGAACCUCUCCUCAAGCCCAAAUGUUGCUUCUACGUUCGCCCUAGACAAAAUAUGAGCCCACAGGCCGAAGAUUACUACCACGCUGUCUACCUCGCGGAGCGCACGGGCACGGCACUGGUACAAGCCGUCGUCAAGAAAUGCCGCUUCGAUUCUGCCCGGGUUGUGCGAGCUUUCGUCGUCCAAAGUAACAACGGAAUGAACGUCAUGCUGGAUGAUGACGUCGUUCGGGAGCUGCCAGAGGGCAAGACUAUGACUGUGGAAUUUGCUGAAAUGGGUGACCCUAAUAUCAAGAUCGAAGAGAAGUCAUCCGAAACAGUCACCGACGUCGAAAUGCGCUUCUUUUUGUGA